AUGGAAAGAGGCGGGCGACCUCAUGAAGUGCUUCAUCUACCCAGACGUAAUCCGACGCCAUUGCAAUCUCCAUUGAGCAAUACACUCAUACCACGCGACUUCCUCAGCCAGCGCUCAGGGGCGCAAGACUUAGACAUACCGGGAGCAGAUACUACACCUAAUAAUCUGCCUCCUGGUCUCCCAUCGACAGCGUCACCGGAUGCCGGUCAUUUCUCCCUCACUUUCCCCUUCGCGACCAUGCCUUCGAUAGCCAAUCCACAUUCACCCCGACCUCUUCAUCACAAGGAGAACGGCGAUCAGCUUCCGCAGGGACAACGAGAGCCCAAUGCCAAUAGCAGGAAGAGCGGAUCUGCGAAGAAGGAGGGGUCUAAAAGAACACCAACUGAGGAUUGUACCACUUUGAGGAAGGUCUCCAGCCCAGGCGUGCCCUGCAAUGCUGUCAACCAACCUCACCCCUCUCCACCCGCUUCGCCCAGAUCGACGAAUUCCAUGGAAAAGGAAGACCAUAAGAUCGACAGAGUGUCUCUUCCCAGAAACUCGUCGAUAGAAUCAGCACAUUCUUCGACUUCUUCCUCAGCUGAGCACUCGCACAAAUCCUCCAAUGACACUACUCAUACAGAAUCCCCAGAGAUUCAACAUCUUAUUUCCGCCGCAGGCUCCGCUGAGAACCUGAUCUCACACCUUCUGAAAGACAAGCAGCACGCAGCGUCGCAAAACGCCCAAUUGUGGAAAUUGGUUGACAAGCAACGCUCAUUGCUGAUGGGGCUAAAUCAGGACCUCGAACGUGCCAUAAGAGAUAAAGAAAAAUAUCGCAAGAAGUUGAAGGAUUUACAGACGCAGGCUGCUGCGCCGCAUUCGUCCGGACUGACUACACCAGAGCAGUCCCAAAAUGUAGGUGGCAAGGUAAAAACUGGACAACAGGCUCCCACGAAGGAAGAUAAUACUUCACUAGCUCAGGCUCCAGUCUGCACUCCAAAGGACAGGGCCAUCAACAGCCUCAACAGCUCUCCUUUAGAUCUUACCAUGAUGCCAUCACCACUUCACCUCCUUCAAGGUCAACAGAAGCUUCAAGUCACUGAGGCGAUGGGAAAAAGUGAAGUCAAAGACAAGCAGCAAAUGCCCACAUUGGCCUCAAUUCAAGUUUCGAACAAAGCCUCAGUCGCGCCCAAUGACUAUCAGUCAUCGAGUGAAAGUCAUCAUCAACCAGUACAGGCGAGCUUUUUGAAGUCCCCGUCACCCACACAAGCACAGAGUACAAAACAAAAUACGGACCCUACUUCAACCUCCAUGGGUGCGAGCCCUGCGACAGAAAGAGCAGAAAAGAAUCUUCAUCCCACGAGGAAACCCCCACCGGCUCCACUGAAUCUCAAUCAAGCUAAGCCAAAGAACCAUCUCCUGCAGGACUUUGCGUCUAUUGAUCAUUUACAUUCCGAUCAUGAGCCGUCACAGCACAUACAAGAAGUUCCCCUUUCUCAGAGAGGGCGCCGCAAGACUAGAGAAGAGGAUGACCGCGAUCGUGAGAUGGCAGCACAACAAGAAGAAGCUGCCCGGAGCCGCUCAAGUAAAUCCAGUAAAUCAGGGAAGAAAAAAUCCAAGCAAGAAUCGAACACUGAAGCACAAACGACAGUGGCUCCUGUUAUACCGCCCAGUGUAACAUCGCCGACUCCAAGGCAAGUUGCCAUCCCACCUCCAUCUGAGGCUGCACUCAAUGGUCCAUCCCUUCCAAGUUCCAUCGCUGCGGUUCUAUCACCGAAUUCGCUCGGCGCUGCGCCGACUGCACCUGUUGUCGAACGUACACUCACUGUUCCUCCGAUGAGCCCUGGCUUGCCCGUCAGCCCUCGACCGAUCGACAGGCCGCCUGGGUCACCAAUGCCUCGAUUGCCUAGGGAGGGAUCUGGUAUCCCGUUAUCUCCACCCCUGUCUCCAAGAGGUGCAGCGCCCAUCCUCCCACUCUCUCCUCGAUUUCCGGGAUCCGCUAUUCCACCGUCGGCUGCUCCCGUUGCAAUUUCAUCUCCGCCCCCUUCUCAGGAAUCAUUUUCCCAACCGAGCUCACCGAGGAUUCAAGAACUGCCCCGUCCGACCGUGAACACAAGUGCUGCCAACGAUAGAGUUGAAAGUAGAGAAUCUCCUGUCAGCUCGUUCCAUGGCGUACACAUCGACCGAAGCUUGAUGGAUCCUGCUUUUCCAAAGCUGCUGUUGCCUCCAAGAGCGCUCUCGUCUAUCAUAGUAAGGGUUUCUUCGUCUCGGCUGCGCCCCAAAAGGCAAAGUUACCUUGUUCUCAAGUCGAACGAUGAAGAUCCUGUCUUCACUUUGUCCAUCUUCUCGCGUUCGGAAGGCCGAGAGUUGUGGCGUGUGGAAAAGGUCAUAAUGGCUUUGCCACAACUGGAUUCGCAGAUGAAAAGUGUGUCGAAGUUCGCUACAAAAUUGCCAGAACGAAAGCUCUUCAGUGGGCACUCUCCUGCGAUAAUCGAUGCUCGUAGAACUGCGCUCAACCAUUACAUUGAAGAACUACUAGAGGCGGCAGUUGAUGAACGAUCCGCCCUUGUUGUCUGCCAGUUCUUGUCCAACGAUGUUAUUGAGGCCCGUGACGAUGAGACCAGUCUUCUCACUCCAUCGCAGCGCAAUAAGCCGGUACUAGCUUUGGGAGCAGAAGGACGACCUGUGAAGGAAGGCUACCUCACCAAGCGGGGAAAGAACUUUGGCGGAUGGAAGGUCAGAUAUUUCAUACUCCAUGGUGCUGAAUUGAAAUACUUUGAAGCACCAGGAGGAACUCAUCUUGGUACCAUCAAACUGCAAAAUGCUCAGAUCGGAAAGCAGACUCAAUCGCCAUCACCAUCGCGGACAGACGAUGACGUUGAAAAUCAAUAUAGACACGCAUUCCUGGUCCUCGAACCAAAGCGAAAAGACUCGUCAAGUUUGGUCAGGCAUGUUCUAUGUGCUGAGAGUGACGAAGAGAGGGAUGAGUGGGUACUGGUUCUGAUGCAGCAUUGCGACAACCAGUCAGACGACGAAAAGAAUAAGCAGCCAGUCUCGAGGCGUGCUGAGGACGGCAAGAAUCACAUCACAGGCUUUGAAGCCAAGGUCAAGCAGUAUUCCGAAAUUCAAAAUGCAGCACCCCAUGACGCCCAGACAACCGUACGGCCUACCACGGAUGAACUUAAAGUAAUAGGCUAUGAGCAAGUGACUGCUGGCACGGCACCAACCAUCGGUGUUCAGCACACCAAGCGUCGCCAAGAAACAACUCCCUCUCCUGCCAGCGGCUCCUCUGCCCCAAGUGUCGAAACCAGUUCUGCUCACGAUCAGCAGGCGGCUUCCCAGUCUUCGAAAUCUAUCUCCGGACCAACCAACGGCGGUGUCAUCCAAGAUGCAGGAUCAUGGGGCAACAAACCUCCACCACAAACCAAUGUUAAAGACAAAAAGCGCAGCAUGUGGGGUUUCCGCCAGCGUGGUGGAUCAGACAGCGUGCAGACUAUCCAGCCACUUCCGAAUUGUGGAGCGUUCAAUCUUUCGCAAACCCAGUACGGACCUAUCCGAGCAGUGUUUGGCCUGCCUCUGACAGAAGCUGUUGAGUUGUGUCCGCCUCGAGGAGUGAAUGUGACCCUGCCUGCGGUGGUAUACAGGUGCAUAGAAUAUCUUCAGGCCAAGGAUGCUGCAAGUGAGGAAGGGAUUUUCCGGCUUAGUGGCUCCAACAUCGUCAUCAAGGCCCUCCGCGAGCGCUUCAAUACCGAAGGAGACGUCAAUUUCAUUGCAGACGACCAGUAUUACGACGUCCACGCUGUGGCCUCUCUAUUCAAGUCAUACCUACGAGAGCUACCCACCACUGUUCUCACCAAAGAACUGCACCUAGAUUUCUUGCAUGUUUUAGAGCUCGACGAGAAAAGCAAGAAGAUUGCUGCGUUCAAUGUUCUGGUUCACAGACUGCCUCAGGUUAAUCUCGCAUUGCUAAGAGCACUGUCUCAAUAUCUCAUUCAGGUUGUUAACAAUGCCGACAAGAACAAGAUGAAUGUCCGAAAUAUGGGUAUCGUGUUCUCACCGACGCUCAACAUUCCUGCUCCUGUUUUUUCCAUGUUCCUGACAGACUUCGAGGCUAUCUUUGGCAGCGAGCCUGCAGAAAGGGCGCCGGCACCUGCGCCAGAGCAAACCAAGACCAUAGAGUUCUUAGUCCCGAAUCAGCUGACCCCCGAGGACAUCCGUUCGCCUCGCCAUCAGAUAUUCACAGACCUGCCAACUCCUGCUUACAAUCAGACUACAUUUUCAGAAGGACCGCCUCCUGCUCAGUUCCCGAUGCAGCAGCCCUCAAUGAACUCGAAUCCCCCCAACGCCAGCGUUGCACAGAAUACUGGGUUUAUUCCAAUGCAACCCUCGUACGAGACGAAAACAUAUGUUCCUGAUCCACAAGCGCUCACGCAGCCUCAACAGCGAUAUUCAAUGGUACCUCCACUUGCUCAGCGAGCUGAGUACGGGUCGAUGAAUAUGAUGCUGGCUCCAUCCAAUGCUGCCACGCUGAAGGCUAAGAGACGAGAAAGCUCGAUGCUGUUCAUGGGCAUGGGUCACCGGAAAAGCUCAGUUCCGAAACUGAGAGACGAUUCUGCAACUGGACUCGUGCCUAACAACAACUUUGAAUAA